GUCAGGUCCUCAGAGCAGAGCAGGAAGGAAGGGAAGCUAGUGGCAGGAGAGGAAACCAGGCCGAGUGUAAUCCUCAUCAAAGCUGCUUUAAUGACCAGGAGGAGGAGCCAGCUGACCCCGCCCCUUCCUCUGAGCUGACUCCUCCUCCUCCUGCAUCGAUCUGAUCGACUGUCAAAGCUCUGGGACGUCCACCCUGAAACUAGGAAGCUGUCCUCUCUGCUGGACUGAAGGACGGACGUUUCACGACAGGUUUGGUACCAACAGAUAUAAUUAACCAGGUCUCCUGAUCCAGUUUGUCCACUCUGCAGUAAACUGUGACUCUUCCAGACCCUGACUGAGUCCAUGAAGAGUCCGGCAGCUCCAUCUGAACCUGCAGGAUCUUCAGAGCUCUUCACCUGGACCCGUCCAGGCCAACGGGAGCCAAACCGAAACCCGAGACGGGGUCCAGCUGCCACAACAAAGGAGUGUGAGGUUUUCUUCCACCUCUUUAAGCCUCUUAUUCCUGUAAUUCUGUUGCCGGGCUGCCUCGGCUCUGAUCGGUGAUCAUUUAAUCCCUCCGUGGAAAGGUUAACUUGUCUUUGGCUCUCGCCCGGUUCGUCACCCUGCCAGCCUCGGACUCAGACGCAGGACGGCCGGCAGCAGAUCUGGGAAGACAUGGAGGAGCUUCUGUUACCGAAUGGUGAAGACGAGGCUCCGUCGGACAGCGGCUCGUACGCUCCGGGGGACGCCAGGAGGACGAGGUGGGGCCGGGCCAAGACCUUCCUCCAGGACGCCAUGAAGGGGGAACUGCAGAGGACGGUGAGGGAUUUCAUAAAGAGGAACGGGCUGCUGACGCUGUCCGUCAUCGCCGUCAUCACCGGCUGCACCCUGGGCUUCAUGCUGAGAGGAACUCACCUGUCCACUCAGGCUAAGAUCUACUUCUCUUUCCCUGGAGAGCUGCUGAUGAGGAUGCUGAAGAUGCUCAUCCUCCCUCUCAUCACGUCCAGUUUGAUGUCAGGUCUGUCGUCGAUGGAGUCGAAGGCGUGCUGCCGGAUGGGCGUCCUCACCGUCACCUACUACCUGUGGACCACCUUCAUCGCUGUUGUGGUCGGCAUCAUGCUCGUCCUCAUCAUCAAACCUGGCGUGGGGACGGACAUGGAGAGCAACCGUCUGGGUGGGGGCCCUGUCAUGACCUCGGCUGAUGCCCUGCUCGACCUAAUCAGAAACAUGGUUCCCUCCAACCUGAUCGAGGCCACGUUCCAGCAGUACAAAACCGACCUGGUUCCUAUCCUUAAAGUCCCGACCAAAACCAUCCAGCCAAACUUCGUGUACGUCAUCCCGGACGACAGCGACCCCAAAGGCCGGACGGUGUUUCUGGAGCUGACCCCGCCCCCGGAGAUCAUGUACAAGACGAGUCCCGGCAGCAGCCAGCAGAUGAAUGUCCUCGGCAUCGUCAUCUUCUCCGCCACCAUGGGUCUGUUGUUGGGUCGGAUGGGAGAACGAGGAGCUCCACUGGUCAACGUCUGUCAGUGCAUCAACGAAUGUGUCAUGAAGAUCAUCAACGCGGCCGUGUGGUACUUCCCGUUUGGGAUCAUCUUCCUGGUGGCUGGGAAGAUCCUGGACAUGCAGGACCCGAGCACCCUGGGGAGGAAGCUGGGCUGGUACGGCAUCACGGUUCUGGCCGGCCUCUUCGUCCACGGACUCGUCCUCCUCCCUCUCUUCUACUUCAUCCUCACCAGGAAGAACCCAUUCAGCUACAUCCGAGGGCUCCUGCAGGCCAUGGUGAUCGCCCUGGCCACGUCCUCCAGCUCGGCCACGCUGCCCAUCACCAUGAAGUGUUUGUUGGAGAACUGCCACGUGGACCGUCAGAUCGCUCGCUUCGUCCUCCCGGUGGGAGCGACCAUCAACAUGGACGGCACGGCGCUCUACGAGGCCGUGGCGGCCAUCUUUAUCGCCCAGGUUAACGACUAUGAGCUGGACUUUGGCCAGUUAGUCACCAUCAGCAUCACGGCCACAGCUGCCAGCAUCGGUGCCGCCGGCAUCCCUCAGGCUGGUCUGGUUACCAUGGUGAUCGUCCUCACAUCUGUGGGCCUGCCUCCGGAUGACAUCACGCUCAUCGUGGCCAUUGAUUGGAUCCUCGACAGGUUUCGAACCAUGAUCAACGUCCUGGGCGACGCCCUGGCGGCAGGAAUCAUCGCUCACCUGUGUCGGAAAGACUUCCCCCUCAGUGGAACAGGAAAGUCCGUGCCGUCUUAUGGGACGCAGAAUCCUCACAACGGCUCCCACAGCGUGAACGUCCCCAUGACCGAGAUCCACUCUCACAAAGACGCCAUGUUUGACUCGGCGGAGCACGGCCACGCCCACACCGUCUACUACAACAUCUGCCAGGUGUGAGCACGGCCACGCCCACACCGUCUACUACAACAUCUGCCAGGUGUGAGCACGGCCACGCCCACACCGUCUACUACAACAUCUGCCAGGUGUGAGCAUGGCCACGCCCACACCGUCUACUACAACAUCUGCCAGGUGUGAGUCCGGCG